AUGCCUACUAAUCAAGCUACAAAAGUCGUCUAUAAAGGUAAUGGUAACAACGAAUUUUUUGUCAUUGCCAACCCUGGUAUGGUCAGCAAAUGGAGACAUGAUAAGACUAUUCCAUUGAUUGAUGUUGUUCAAAACUUUGAAGUCCAUACUACUCCUACUGGAAGCAAUACAGGUGGACCCAUUCGACCUUCUACAGGUGUUUUAAUGGAUACUUUUGAUACCACUAACGAAGAUGAAAUUGUAAAAAAAAUUAUAUCUGAAGGUGAAGAAAAGGGUCUCUAA